AUGAUCUUGCUAUGGCUGGUUGUUUUAGGCUCUGCAAUACGUGUUUCGUUGCCUUGCACGUCGACGACGACCGUGCAGGACCCGUUAGGUAGGUGGGAAAACGGGGAGCGACAAUUGGGGAAACUGAAGAGUAUUGUUUUCUUUCGAAAUUAGCAUAAUCGGUGGCUCUGAUUUUGAAAACGCCAUUAAUUUUUUUAAUGUUUCUUUAAUUAGUACUGUAUAGUAAUUUUUUGAAAAAAAAUUCAAAAAAGAAUACAAUUUUACAGUAUUAAAACUUACAGGGGAAGUACUCCAAGUGCGACGCUCAGAUUUCCUUUAAAUUUUGCACACACGUCGGCUAUGGACUAAAUAUCAAUUCCUGAAAGUUUUAGCUCGCGCUUUGCGGGCGCCGCCGAGAUAUCGAACGAUUUUUGUCGCCGAGAGAGCACACGCUAAACGUGGAGAGCGGUCAGAGGCCAUAACUUUGGCAGUUUCGUGCGGAAAAAAUUGAUUUUUUGUAGAAACAUUAUCCUUUACGGUUGAAAUAUGCAUGAAACUUUUCGUGCCGAAAUUCGGCAAAAAGUCCCAAAUUUUCGCCGACUUUCGAUCUAAAAAUCUCGGUUGUUUCUGCAAAGCGCUAGUUAGGAUUCUCGCAUAUAUCUUAGAAAAAAUUAUUCUAAAUUUGUGCCAAGUUUCAUCAAAAUAUGAGCGUCGUACUUGGAGUACUUCCCCAUUUAAUGAAAAAGGUAACAAUCAAAAAAAGAAUAAUUUCGAAAUCAGAGCCAUAGAUUAUCCUAAUUUUGAAACUUACAGCGAUGAAAAAGAAUACUUUUCAGUUUCCCCAAUUGACGACGUUCCGUCGGAAAAGGAUCGGGGAGUUACCAAUAUUUUGAGUUGUAAAUUUUAUUGCAAUUAGUCGAAUUUUUUAGGAAAUUUACAAGGUCUUUAAAUACGAUGACCAGAUUUUGGUAUAACUUGCCACAAAUUUAGAGUAUUUUUUUAAAAUAUGCGAGACUCCUAACUCGCGCUUUGCAGAAACCACCGAGAUUUUUAAGGUGGGAAAUGGGAAAAAAAUAACCAUGUUUUUGCAACUCUCCUAAUUUUACAUGCUCUCUCACUAAAAGAUUGUUAAAUAUCUUGACCCUACAUCUAAAGCGUUAUCUAAAAUACAUGAUUUGAAGACAUCUGAAAGUAAUCUCAACUAAGGGCAUCUUUUAAUCAACAAAAAAGUCGGUGAUAAAACCCAUAAAUUUUGUGACAUGUCCUCGAACUUUUGGAAAUUAAAAGACAGCCUAAAAAUUGUUGGGAUUCAAAACUUGUUCUGCAAAAAAAGCGUAAAAUGGUCAAAAAAUCUUUUAUUUUCCAGUUUGUCCUUACACUUGCAAUACUUAUGACCUGGGAAGCACCGACUUUCAAACUACAGUAACCACCGAUUUCGAGACCCAAUGCCCCGUGUGGUCCGUGUACUGUUUCAACAAUUACUUUGUAAGUUCGCGAGCUCUUUUACCGACGCAUGUGUCGAUUUUUUAGAUCAACGGCGAGGAGGUGAAUCGAAUAGCAAAUCUAAUGUGCGGACCGAAUGGAUUUACCUAUAAUGGCGCCGCGAUUGAUACGAUUACUUGCAAUCAAUAG